AUGGCGGCACAGAUUGGCUGGUCAAUGACUAUCAUUGAACGCAAUGACAUGCUACACCUAGCUCAACAGGAGGAUCUUGUUUGGAAAUUUAAGAUGCUUGGGCAAGUCGAGAUAAUUGAUGCUGGUGCGUUCGAUGCCGCCUCUAUGCUCGCCGGUGUCAAGGAGGGCAUUAAAAGAGCUGAUGCACUGGAGCUGGCUGCCCAUGCGGUACUGGGGAUGGCGGAAAUGUUUCGCACUGGAGUGCCGCCUGUUAAUUUCCGAGAGUGCUUCGUCGCGGGAGGUUCGACUGUCACGGGUUGA